CUUUUCAAUAUCUAGAGCCUGCGCCGUCUAAUCCAUCCGGACACGUGGCUUCUAUCUGAACCACGUCAGGCUCAGACCCUGGCCUCCAAGAUUAGCCCUGUCCCCACCGCGACGGCGGAGGAAGGAGCAGCAGCAGCGCUAUGCACCGGCUUCCGCUGGCCUCACGGCCACCGCGGCCGCAUCGCACGGCCGCCGCUCAGCGCGCUGCGCAGAGGACGACGGCGUGCUCCGGCAGCCUAACGCAGGCCACGCCCGCCGUCCGCCGCCCGCCGUCAUUUGCCCCUCUCGCCUUUGCUGCGUCUGCGGCUGCGGCGGCAGGGCGCGCGGCCACGCCGCUCUUCGCCGCCGCGGCGCUCCUCCUCGCCGCGGCCGCAGCAUCUCCUGGCUUCCCUGCUGCGACACCGCCAGCGUUUGCUCAAUCGGAAGGUGCAGCGUUGUUCCGGAAGGCGUGCAUCGGAUGCCAUGAUAUGGGAGGAAACAUCCUACAGCCGGGUGCCACUCUUUUCAUGAAGGAUCUUGAGAGGAAUGGAGUUGCCACAGAGGACGAACUCUACAACAUAACAUACUAUGGGAAGGGAAGGAUGCCGGGCUUCGGGGAGAAAUGCACCCCGAGAGGGCAGUGCACCUUCGGACCUCGGCUGGCCGAAGAUGACAUCAAGCUACUGGCCGCGUUUGUCAAAUCGCAAGCCGAAAACGGCUGGCCAAAGAUCGACCGCGACGGAGAUUAAUCCACCGACGCUACAGAGACGA